UAGCAAGACUCACAAAUGCAGAACAAAAUAUGUACAUACUGAAUUGCAUCCCAGGGAAAACAUAUUUCAGACAAGUAAUAUAUAUUUUGGUGAUUUAUUUUCAAAUCCAAGCAGAAAUAAGAYGACMUGUGACYACCCCCAGACGUAYCAUAGAUAUGAAUACACRAUGUCGUCAGAUCAAAGCUCAGCGGUUAUCAUUAAGAAGACAGGCGAAGUGCUAAAUCCCGAAGACUAUUACAUCAAUGGAACCGAGACAGCCAAUGAGAGCAAAGCUAUCUUUGUCUGCCGUGAAAGAUUCAACUGUUCCAAGAAUUGGCGGCGAAUCGACGAAGGGGAAUUUUUGGUGUUCGAAAAUAAAUCCAUCUUGAUUAAUGCUUCAAAGAAAUUGUAUGAAAAGUCAGAAUACAUCUGGCGGAAUCACGCUGUCCUCAUCUGUGACAAUGUCUCUGUGUUUGAUGGAGGGUUGGUCUUUGAUCGUAAUUGUUCUGGAGAGUGGGGAUUGAUGGAGAGUCAUGAGUUCACGAUCCUAACCAACCAAUCAAUCUAUGUGAAUGCUUCAGAAACCCUCUAUGACCCAACACAGUACAUCUGGCAAAACCAAAGCCUCUUUGUCUGCGAUAACUUUACCACGAGAUCUUCCAUCUAUUUCAAGAAGUCAUGGUCAAACAACGAGCAAAUCUUGUCAGUUUUAACUUUCGUAUGCAUGUCAAUGUCGAUUAUUUCACUGGUMUUUGUCCUCGUCACCUAUUCCUUGUUCACCGAGCUACGAACCCAACCAGGUAUUAACCUCAUGAACCUCAGCGCUGCCAUUCUUCUUGCGCAACUUUUGUGGCUUCUUGGUAGUGGACAGACAGACAACUCUAUGGGUUGUACUGCCAUCGCUGUUCUUCUUCACUACUUUUUCCUGGUUUCUUUCGUGUGGACGUCCAUCAUCGCCUUUGACACUUGGAGGGCCUUCACUGCUAAAGGAAGACGUUCUAUAGCUAACUCGAAGCAAAAAAGAAGGCUCAAUGCCUUACGAUAUAUGGCUGUUGGAUGGCUGUCUGUCUUGGUGUACGUGUCAAUCUGUGUGGCUCUUGACCAAUCACAGACAGUCGCAAUAGGGUAUGGGUCACGUGCANAAGAGUGUUUUAGAGUAAAAAGCAUUGAUGUACUGAAUAAAAGGACCUUCCCUUYGAGUUAUGUUAUAAUAUAA